CCUAACGACAGCUUCGCGCGAUCGAGCUGUACCCUCGCAUUCUUUCUCAGUCUCGCAUCGUUAUGCAUACAUGAGCCGGAGCGCCUCGGAAUAUAUAUUCUGCUACAGCCCCCUGUGCUGCGCGCCGGCUUGUCACCGGCUAGCGUCUUUGCGCCAGCCGACCUCUCAAUGCGACGAAUCCGGCGCUCCAACUUCUAGGCCAUGCCUGAAACGUUGAGCUAUUGUGCGAAGCCAUAAUACCACCGCCAUGGAGCCUCAUAAUGCCAACGGGCCGAGGAACGGGAUUGGCCGCCUGCAUCAGCAAACUAUUUCGCGGCCGUUCACUUUGCAAGAGUCGCUCCCGUACUCACCUCAAACCUCCACCGUCCCGUUCCUGCCAGAAGUGAUACCCGAUCCUUGCUUGGGCUCAGGCUCCCCGGCGCUUCGAAUUGCGGACUUGUUUCCUCGGGAUGAGUUUGACAAGGUCAACAGCGACGCCGCUACCGCACUACAAGGUUCCCGCACUCUUAAGCAGACUGCGGACUAUGUGUUGCACGACCUGAAGCCGUCUCAACGAACACACUACAAAUUCCCAACAUUGCCCCAAGCUACCACGACAGCAUCCGCAGGCAAAAGCCUCGCCGAUGGGCUCUCUCCGCUGACAAGGUCUGUCUACGAACGGGUGGGAAGCUUUUUCAAGUCGACAAAGGCAAAUAUUGCAAGCCCGAAGCUCGUGAAUGGGGACGCAGGUCAUCAUUCCGGGACAAGGGAGUCUCCUUCGCACGCAUCGAACGCCUCAUCGCAACUGCACCGGGGCCGCUCUGAAAGCCACGAAGUACACAGAUCUCCCUCAGUCAGAAUUGAGGUCGCAAUACCCUCGAAACGGACAUUCGAUCCGACUUCAUACGUGGAUGCAACUGGAGUGGACGAGCUCCAGGAACAUGCGCCUCCCUUGAUACCGUCACAGCCACCGAACGCGAACCAGAUCAAUACCUCACAGGAACCGACAUCCAGCGGUAUCAAACUUUCACCGUCAUCCGUGAAGGAACCUGUUUUCAGCAUCGAAUUGCCAUCGGUCAACUUCAAGAGAGAAGAGUAUCUGGAGGUUGCGGACGCGCCAGAUGCCCCGCAGAACCUCUCAGCACGAAGGCAGGGGCCUCAAGUCUUUGCAGAUAGCCAAGGAAUUACUGUCACAAGCCUGGACCAGCGACAGAGGGCAGAAGCGGCCCUGGAUGCCCUAGAAGCGUUAUUGCGGUCUGUCUUUGCGGCUGUGGGACAGGCCCUGGGACAGGAGAGCGGAUCUGAGCACAUCGUGACUCUCACUACCGAUAGAGAGCCGGCUAUGACUGCUGUCACUCAGCAGAAGAUGCACGGCGCGAUCCAGAAAGUCAUUGGGUUACGAUGUUUGCAACACGUCUCCUUGGAAAGUCUUCUUCAAGUCAUGAAGCUCAGUGAAGCAAGCUUGAAGCAAAUAGAUGGCCUCGAGCUUCGAGCUGAUGAAAGCUGGGACGAGAACGCUGUGGACUCAUGGAUACAGCAGCUCUCGGAAGUUGAAACGGCUCUUAAAGCGGCUCGAACCUGCGCACGGAUUCUGUCUGGAGGGCGGGAUGACAAGCAGCUCUAUUCCGAAUCGGUCAUCAACCGUUGUGUCGACAUCUUCAAAAGCGUUACCGAGGAUUUCGUUAUUCCUUUGGUGGAACUGCGGAACUCGGGGCCGUCAGCGAAUCUAUUCAAGAUGGUCCAGCGACACAAGAAGGUGGUCGGGUCAGUCUUCGUCUGUUGCCAGAAGCUCUUCGCCGUCCUUGCCGAGCUAGUCACCAAGAUUGAGCUCUCGGAAUCUGUCAUCAAUACGCUGGAGUUUACGGCGUCGAAGCUAAUCUUUGUCGAGAACGCCUACUUCGAACGGGACUCGGCUAUCGGAGUUCAAAAAUUCGAUGGUAUCAGGUCUGUCGCAAUGGACAUGCUUUGCCAGAUCUUCUUGAUUAAGCCGGAUCAGAGACAAGGGAUUACUGAUGACAUUCUGACCUCCCUGGAGAAGCUCCCCGUUGGCAAGCAAAGUUCCAGGCAAUUCAAAUUGUCUGACGGAGGCAGUAUUCAACCUGUUUCGGCUCUCAUCAUGCGCCUGGUCCAGGCUAGCUCUGGUCGAGUGGACUCGAGCGAUGGAGCUGGUCGUGCAGCCCUACUACGCAGCAUGGGUGACGACGAGGAUGCGGAAUACGACGAAUUGCAGACGGCGAAGAAGGGGCAGGCUGCGGCGACCAUUCUCAACGAAGAACAAGGGGCCCAGCAGCAUGCGGUUGCAAUUCAAGAACUAGAAGCCGCUGCAGCGCCUCUCAGUGAAUCUGCAAGCCGAAACGCAUCAUACGUCAUCAAUUUCAUCGUCAAAAGAGCUAUUGGGUCCACGAAGACCGGCGAUACGCCUUAUCGCAACCUGCUGGAUCUUUUCGUUGAAGACUUUACAACAUGCCUCGAUUCACCGGACUGGCCUUCAGCUGAGCUCCUCCUUCGGCUACUCAUGGUCAUGAUGGUGCAGCUCUUCGAGGCACCGAAAACUGCGGCCCCUGCGAAGAAUAUGGCCCUGGAGUUGCUUGGUACUAUGAGUGCUGCAAUAUCUCGCCUACGAUCGCACGUGACAAAAACUGCUAGUGCUUUCGAAGGCAGCGACGCUGGAGAACUGUCUCGGUACCUUUCAGACCUGGCCACGCAUGUCCUUGAACAGAAGUGCCAGAUGGAGCAUAUCGUUGCCUGGUCUGGCCCGUGCCGUGCGACGCUGGAGUAUCUCCACGACCGUUGCUCUGAGGAUCCUCACCUAUCCAGCGCCGUCUCAUUCAUGAUCACGGAUUGGGCGAGCAAAAUCCACUCUGGCUAUGAUUCCAUUCAAGAGGAUGACAGUGACCGCGACCAAGAACUUGGUCGGCUAGCCUAUCGGCUGAGAAUGAUGAUUGACGACAGGAAAUGGCUUUUCAACGAAUAUACCUUCAAGACCGUGACGGCAAGCCAGGCAAGAUUCGCAUUCUCUAUCGUCCUGCUUCGCUCUCCGCUCUGCGAAUCUUUUGGCAAGAUUCUCAAUAUCCUGCUUGGUUCCAUGGCUAGCGACCAGGCCACUGUCCGCAGCAAGAGCCUCAAGAGUGUAAACCAGGUUCUGGAGACCGAUCCUUCCAUCUUGGAUGGCGACUCAACAGUCAUACAGUUGAUUCUCGAUUGCUCGAGUGACUCGUCGACGCAAGUUCGCGAUUCCGCUCUCGGCCUCCUGGGGAACUGCAUUGGAAUGCGACCCUCACUGGAACCAUCCUUGACUCCGAAAAUCAUCGAUCGGUUUCAGGAUGCUGGCGUCGGCGUGAGAAAACGAGCCAUGAAGCUGGCACGAGACAUCUAUCUUCGUAACCGGAACAAGGGACUUCGGAGCGCAAUUGCCAACGGUCUCCUGCGUCGAGUCCAGGAUCCGGACGAAGGGGUGCGUGAUCUCGCACGCCAGAUGAUUGAAGAGAUUUGGUUUGCGCCUUUCUACGCCAACGAAAGCACGGCGACGUUUGAGACAGCUCUCACGGAGCAUGUGGCCCUGAUCAUACAGACUGUAAAGACCGGAACAGUUACUGAGAUCCUGGACAAGGUCUUUCAGACAAUUGUGAGGCCUAACAACAGGUCUCUGGAAGGUCCCUUCACUGUCUGUUCAAGGCUGGUGGGCAUCAUGUUUGGGCUCAUCGACAACCCGGAUUCCGAAGAUACAUCUAUUCCGUCAGGCCGUGACGCCUUGCAAGUUCUCACCAUCUUUGCCAAAGCCGACCCAAAGUUGUUCACGCUUGAGCAGAUUCGCCUGCUCAAGCCCCAACUGGCCAGCUUCACUGGCCGAGACGAGCUCGCUGCGUUCCGGGCUGUCACUGUCAUUUAUAAACGCGUGCUUCCGCAACUACCGACAGUCCAUUCGGACUUCCUCGCCGAAGUGAGGCUACAGCUUCUCAAAGGAAUCGGCAAGAUCUCGUCUCGCGGAGCUUUAGAUGACCUCAUUGGGUGUGCGCACACGGUCUGUGAGCUUCUGAAAGACUUCAGCCCCCUAGCCAAUCUUGUUGCGUCGAGCUUGUUGGGAAUUCAGAAAUUGGCCAAGGCUCCGCUCGACAGCAAGCGCCUCAACCACCUCUGCGCGUAUGCAAUCAUAGUGGGGAGCGUCGGCAAGCACUGUGACCUGGACAAACAGUUGCAUAUCUUCCGAGAGAAAUUCCCUCGAUGGCAAGGGGAUUCGAUUCCUCGGCUUAUUGUCGACACGCUGUCCCCGUUUGCGCUGCCGCCGCAGUCCCUCGAGGCGCGGAAAGUGGCGAUUGAGGCCAUUGGGCUGGUUUGUCAAUCGUGGCCACGAAAUUACGUUCUGGCUAAAGUGUAUACGGCCUUUCAGCAGGUGUUUCAGGACCGAAUUCCUAUUUUGGAAACCAUGAUUCUCAGAUCGUUCAAAGAGUUUCUCAUGACCGAAGAAAGACGCUCCGAGGCCGGGGCUGCCGCAGCUACCGCAGAUGGCAAGAAAAAGGAACUGACGGUCAUGGGCGGAACUAACUUUGACGAUGUUGCAAGCGCUACGACGCAACGAUUCCUGAGAGAUAUAACACGCAUUGCUCUGGGCAGUCAAGAUGAACAUGCGUUCCUAGCCAUGGAGGUCCUGGGUAGCAUCAACCGACAGGGCCUGACCCACCCCAAGGAGACUGGCGUUACGCUCAUAACGCUGGAGACGUCUGCCAACCGUAAAAUUGCUGAGCUCGCCUUCAUGGAGCAUCGAUCGUUACAUGAGAAGCACGAGACGGUACUGGAGAGGGAGUACGUUAAAGCCGUGCAGUCAGCCUACAAUUAUCAGCGGGACAUCGUCAAGGACUCUCACGGCGCGGUUGUGGACCCUUUCCAGUCGAAACUACACCUGUUGAUGGAGGUGCUCAAGAUCAGCAAGCUUAGAAAUAGGCAGCGGUUCUUGGAAAAGCUGUGCAACCAGACAGACUUUGAGCUCUCUAAGCUUGAUGCCAUUGGAGAUCUGCCGCCGCACGUCGACUUUGCCCGGUUCAUCAUCGAGAACGUGGCCUUCUUCGAAUAUCAGGCCAUUGGUGAGCUCCAGAGCGUGGUCACCUCGCUCGAGAAAAUUGUGACUGGUACGGGGGCAACAGUGGCUCAAGCAAUCGAAUCUGAAGUUUUCAAUGUCCGGAUGGACGUCGAUGAACUGAACCAACCCCAAGGCUCUAGCGCAAUAGACUCCGUUGCUGGCAUGUCCUCGGGCGACCCGUCCGGAGGUGGACAACAACCCCCGGUUCCAGUGCUGAUUUCGGCCCUAUCGGUCGAGCCGCAGAGGUUGCGUCAGCUGACGGCGGCGUCCAUGGUGCUUCUAUCAUUGUGGGAAGCCCGAACCUAUAUUCGCAAGUUGUACAGCAUGGGCACGAGCAGGCACGACAGCAAGGCCAAGGCGCUGGCCAAGGACCUCAACAAGACGCCCUCGAAGACACAGGGUGUGCACGGGGAUAAGUUCUGGGAUGAGGUUGCCUCUCACAUGAAAGGCCUGCAAAACAACGAGACGAUGGCGAGGACAUGCCGAUCGCUCGUGGAGCUUAUGAAUGUUGACAAGGAGUUCAAGGUUGCCGACGAAGAUGACGAGAUGGCCAUCGAUGAGCAUGGUACAGGCAGCGACGAAGAGGACGACGACGCGCCAGAUAGAGGCCGAAAAAGAAAGGGCGGGGCCACAACAGGUGGUCGUAAGAAGCGGGCGCGGUCGAGCUCUCAACCUCGCAAGCGUGGACGGCCACGCAAGCAAAGCGUGGAGACGAGCGAGGACGCCGAAUUUGAUGGUGAUUGGAUCUAAAGCUGGCUGGGAGCGACAGUUCUCGCGCUUGCUUACCACGGGGCUGAGGGACCUGGACGUGGGGCGGACCAGACCACGAUAUGCACGUAGCAGGGCACGACGAUUACACGGCGUUCAUGAAUUUUGAGGGCAGGCGGAGCAGGUUUGAUGCGUAGCGUUGCACGACUAUCUCAUAUGAUACCUGGGGUGCGUCGCUUUUGCUUGUAGAGGGACACGGGGACACCGGCGCAACCGGCAUUACACAGAGGGGCAAGUACACCGGGCAUAAUGGUGCGGGAGACUAGAAGCAAUACUUUGCC